GAGGACGUCACUCCUCCGCUCCUCUCAGGAUGAAGACCGGCUGCAGGUCCAGGACAGCAGUUCUCCUGCGUGAGCGACUGAGAAGCAGAGAUCUGUCCUCGUUCUCCAGACUUCAGCAUGAGACUUCUUCUGUUCGCAGUCCUGCUGCUCCUCACACACACCUCGCAGCAGCAGAACACUCCCAGAAAGAAACCCAGCGCUAAGAAAGACUCAGAUGCUCGAGCCAGCGCUGCUCUGGAGGAACUACAGCAGCGGAUCAAUGACAUCGUGCAGGAACUGAAUCUGGUAAAGGAGCAGCAGGCUCUGCAGACGGUCUGCCUGCGAGGCAUAAAGAUCCCCGGCAAGUGUUUUCUGGUGGACACCGUGAAGAAGCGCUACCACACGGCCAACGAAGACUGCAUCGCCAAGGGAGGAAUCCUCAGCACUCCGCUGUCUUCCGACGAAAACACGCUUCUCCAUGAUUAUGUGCGCCAGAGCAUCGGACCAGACGCUGAAAUCUGGCUGGGUGUAAACGACAUGCAAAUAGAGGGCGCGUGGAUGGACCAGACCGGCUCAAACAUCCGCUACCAGAACUGGAAGCUCCCGGAGCCUGACGGCGGCCUGGCGGAGAACUGCGCUGUUCUCUCCGGCGAGAAGUGGCUCGACGAGCGGUGUCGUGAGGAGCGGGCCUCCGUCUGCGAGUUCAACAUCGUCUGAGAUCAUCCAGCGUGGCGAUUCCCCUGACCUUUCCAUUGCACAAUCCUGCUUGCAUUGUGUCUGCUCCGUAAUUGUAGGCUAUAUUUUUUAUCUUGAGGAGAGCAAAGAUUGUAAUUUUAGC